UCACGUUUCGUUACUCUUCUCUCUCUCUCUCUCUCUGUUUAAAAUGUGGAGUUUCAAUUUUCAAAAUCUUCACCUGUUUCUUUGAUUUUGAUCUCAAAUGGCGUCGUCUGCUUUCAAAUCGACGACGAAACGGACGCCGAUUGGAGCGUCGGUUGCUUCAAACAAUGACUCCGUUUCCACCAAUCGGAGUUCGAUUCACCGCCGUUCUCGAAGUCUGAGCCGGUUUUCUCACCCUCUGCCGUCGUCUCCCGUCGAUAAGGGCUUCGGUGAGGGUUCAGCUCGGCGAGGUAGGUUUGUCAACACGUCGAGAGGCUCGGAGUUUCCUGAGAUCAGUCUCGAUGACUUAGCGGUUGAAUUCUUUGGUUCUGGUGAUCGAGGGCGCUCCGCUGCGCGGAGCUCCGAGUCGAGUAGUGCUAAGAGCGCCGUCGCAUCUUCGCUUAGACGAGGAAGGUCGGUGUCGAGACACGGUAGCGCAAAAACUAGCGGCGGUGGUAGCGAUGGUAAAGGAAAAGCCGAUUAUAGCGUAGGUGGGGGAAAACUGGUUCCUGAAAGUAAUUCGAGAAGAAGACGCUCUGUCUCUGUAGUUCGCUACCAGAUUAGCGAUUCGGAGAGUGAUCUUGAUCAAUCUCAGGAUUCUGGAACUCGUAUGAGAGAAAAGAGCUACGGUAAUGGAAAUAAGCAGAAGCCACUAUCCCAUAAGGCUGAUAAUUCAAAUCGUAGGCCUAUGCUUCGAAGAUCUCUUAGCCAGAAUGAUUUUAAGUGCCAUGAUGGCUAUUCAAGCCAGUCUUCAGUUCUAACAGAUGACGAAGGAAAGGAUGCUUACUUCCGUAAUAAUGUAACGGAGAAGACUAUUCGAACAAUUUGUGCAAGAAAGGCAAAGCAGCUCAAUGGGGAUGUUGUUGAUAAUGGCUUGUAUGAAGCAAUGCGGAAAGAACUUAGACAUGCUGUUGAAGAGAUAAGAGUGGAACUUGAGCAGGAAAUGGUGAAUAGAAAUUCGUCUGUUGGAACUCUCAGUGAUGACUUGCAUUCAAGUGAUUCCGGUGUUCAGCGUACUUCUCCAUUUAAAAGAAAUUAUUCUACAAAACAAGAACAGUCAGAUAAGCGCAGAGAUUCAUUGGCCAAGAUGGUGCUGCAGGAGCAACGUGCUCAAGAACUUCCAAAGACGGUUAAAAAUUCGUCUCCUGAUCUGACGAACGUUGUUGCCGAGAACUCCUCGCGAAUCAGAAAGAGGAGCAACGAUCGAAGUAGGAUGUCGAAAAGAUUGACUGAGGAAGCAGAAAAAUACAUUGAGGACUUCAUUUCCAAUGUUGAAGAUACAGAUAUUUCAUCCCUUGAUGGCGACAGGAGCGACACCAGUUCAUCUUUAGGAGGAAAAACAAAACCAAAUUUCGAAAUUCCAGCACCCAGCAAAACUGUUCCUCCUGGCAUGGAUGGUGUCCUACUUCCAUGGCUGCAAUGGGAAACCAGUAACGACGCUACUCCUUACCCUCGAAAGAACACAAUCCGACCAGCCUUGACUCCACAAAGGUUUCCAUGGGAUGUAAAUCAGGAAGCAAGCAAUGCCCAAGAUCUAUAUAACCAUUCUGGUAGCAGCCAAGGGAGUUGGAGCCCUGGAGUUGCCCCUAACCUUUCUGGGAAAGUUGAAGAUCUGGGAAGUAGAUUCAAGAAAACUGGUGAGUAUCAGAACCAGUCCUAUUUGGAGUCGAGAGAAUCUCGGAUAUCGUUCGAUAUCGACGAGUAUCUAAAGCGUCCGAGCAAUGAAGAAUUUCUCUUGGAAAGAUGGAAGCAGCAACACAAACUCAACUCCGGUGGUCUUUUGCUUUGUAAUCAUGUAUUUUUAUAGCUUUUUUUUUUUUUCCUUCUCUUACAUUUAUACUGUUCUUAGCCUCUCCCUCUGUUCAUCUCUCUCUCUUCAGUAUUUAUUGGUCCUAAAUUAGGAAGGGCUCACCAUAAGUAGAAUUGUAUAAACUCCUAAGAGAAGAAAUUUAGGG